AGCAGUUUUUUCAUAGAUUUCUUGCGCCUCAGUCAAAAAGUCUAGUUAUGUUUUUUUUGUCAAGGAUUUUUGAUUUUUCGCUGUCCCUUUGGUCUCCUGAUAAAGCAAAAGGAAGCAGGCUUAAAAUGCUGCCUGAAGGAUUUAGGAAAGGGCAUGAUUUCCUGAGGUUCAGGAAUGAUCAGCGAGAAGAUUCUGGAUCUCAGAGCCCUUUGCAAACCUCUGUGGGUUUUUUGCUGUGUUGCUUAGUGGCAGUGGAAGGCAGGAUCCCAGACCUGGAGCUUUCAUAAUCCCCACCUUCAGCAGAUCCUGUUAAUUUUAAAUAGCCUCUGAAUUACUUCAUGCCUCAGUUUCCCCACCUAUAUCAGGAAGUUGCUUGUUCCUCAAAUAGGCAGUAAAUAUUAUUCAACAAGUCUGUGCAGGUGGUAUGUAGGUAAAGGUGUGGCAAAGUCUCUGAGUUCUGGUUCAUGCUUCUCGCCAAUUAUAACAUUUGUAAUAUCCUUAUUUACUGGGAUUGGGAUUUCCCCAGGAAUCAUGGCCUCAAAAGCCCAGCUGACAGCUCUUAGCAGCAAGGCAGCCACCUCUCCUACCCCAGAACCCCACUCUCUCCCAGAAGGCUGCUUGUUCUCUGCAGGAGUGGCUGACACUGACACCGAACCCCUCGGCCGGCCUCCAGCCUCUUUCUUCUUUGAGGCAACUUCCUGACAAAAAGUUCUUCCUUCUUAUCGUGUGCAUUUCCGUGUUCAAGGGUGUCUGUGAGAAGCCUAGAUGGUUUACUGCUAGUUUUUCCCUCUUCCUUGUUCUUCGGAUCCAGCCGUGGGCCAGCAGCUCAGCCUGUUGGCCUGACCCCACAGGGAGACAGGCUAAGCAGGAAUGGGGUGGAGUGGUGAGCACCCGGAUGCUUUCCACUGCCACUAAAUGACCUUCAGGCUGCUGAUGCAACCAGUCCCCUACUUUAGGCUGGGGACAAUUUCCUGAGUCAGUGGUUCCUAUUUGGAAAGAGGGAAUUUGCUGGAGCCCUGGAAUAGUCCUAGUGAGAGAACUCUCUGCCUUUGCACAGGACAUGUUGUAGGGGGUUAUUCCAGAAAUAGCAAGAAUUCCCAACUCAGGGGUGGACUUUGUUCUCUACUUCAUCAUCAGGAAAGGAGGCUGUGGUCCAUAUUGGUUUCUAGGACUCCCUCUCCUGCUAGAAGAAUUCGUCAAUAGAUCAUUAUCAGGCCAAGUCUGCCUUGAUCAGGGAAUGCUUGGUUCUGUGAUCUCAUUUGAGGUCCUGAAGUCCUUGAAGUUCGUAGCAGGUAACCUUGUAGGAGCUUUCCGCUGCUGUUGACCAUGUGGAGAAGUGAAAGGUGAGCAACCAAAGCUAUGGAGAUGUAAGAUCCCUGUCCUGAGACUGGCGAGGUUCCAGGAUCCACGGUCUGAUGCUAUCAGGCGUUCCUCAGGGCGGUGAGGUUGUAAAUAAACUCGCUGUGAAGUCUGCAGUCCAGAGUUACAAGCCCUCAGCCCAGAAGCAGCUGGUCCUUGGAGGUGUUUGCUCAUGACCUUUUCUUUCACCACACCCUGGGGCUUUUGGGAGGAGCCUGGAGCUGCGUCGCAGUGCCAGGAUGCUGCCGCUCUCAUGCCCACGUUCAGCUGCCUCCUGGGUCGCGUGACAUCUUUCUUGUUCAACCACGGGGUGCACAGGAUGGGAACUGUUCUCCCCUCUUUGGAAGCUAGCGUGUGGCUCGUCUUUAGAGAGUUGUGGCUGGAGACCAAAGCAGUGGCCUCUCUGUAGCCAGCCUGUGCUGGGGGAAAGGGGAGCCCACUCCAUGUCCUGAAGGCCCCGGGAGAUGGAAGGACGAGCGGUCGGCCGAGCACUCAGGCGCUUCCAAAAUCGACUGCCUCGACUCCGACACCGAGCAGGAUCUCCCCGGGACAAUCUAGGGGAAGCUGUAAACGAACCAGAAAGGACUCAAGAGAACUCUCUGCCCAGCUUUGCUGGGGGGCAGCAUUUCUUUGAAUAUCUUCUGGUGGUUUCUCUUAAAAAAAAGCGCUCAGGAGACGACUAUGAACCCACCAUCACCUACCAGUUUCCCAAGCGGGAGAAUCUGCUUCGAGGGCAGCAGGAGGAGGAGGAGCGGCUUCUCAAAGCCAUCCCCUUGUUCUGCUUCCCAGAUGGGAAUGAGUGGGCACCACUCACCGAAUAUCCCAGGGAGACUUUCUCCUUUGUCCUGACCAAUGUGGACGGCAGCAGGAAGAUUGGAUACUGCAGGCGCCUCUUGCCCGCCGGCCCCGGCCCUCGACUUCCCAAAGUGUACUGCAUCAUCAGCUGCAUUGGCUGCUUUGGCUUGUUCUCCAAGAUCCUGGAUGAAGUAGAAAAGAGGCAUCAGAUCUCCAUGGCUGUCAUCUACCCAUUCAUGCAGGGCCUCCGAGAGGCAGCCUUCCCUGCACCUGGAAAAACUGUCACCCUCAAGAGCUUCAUCCCUGACUCUGGCACAGAGUACAUCUCACUGACCCGGCCCCUGGACUCCCACCUCGAACAUGUGGAUUUUAGUUCCCUGUUGCACUGUCUUCGUUUUGAACAGAUUAUUCAGAUCUUUGCCUCUGCAGUGUUGGAGAGAAAGAUCAUCUUCCUGGCAGAAGGUCUCAGUACCUUGUCUCAGUGCAUCCAUGCUGCUGCUGCGCUGCUGUACCCCUUCAGCUGGGCACACACCUACAUCCCUGUUGUGCCCGAGAGCCUUCUGGCCACCGUCUGCUGCCCCACUCCCUUCAUGGUUGGAGUACAAAUGCGCUUUCAGCAGGAAGUUAUGGACAGCCCCAUGGAAGAGGUCUUGCUGGUGAAUCUUUGUGAAGGAACCUUCUUAUUAUCGGUUGGAGAUGAAAAAGAUAUCCUGCCACCAAAGCUUCAAGAGGACAUCUUAGUCUCUCUUGAUCAGGGGAUCAGUGACUUGACUUCAGAACAAAUCAACGAACAUGUUUCAGGCCCUUUUGUACAGUUCUUUGUCAAGACUGUGGGUCACUAUGCUUCCUAUAUCAAACGGGAGGCAAACGGGCAAGGCCAUUUCCAAGAACGGUCCUUCUGUAAGGCUGUGUCCUCUAAGACCAACCGCCGAUUUGUGAAGAAGUUUGUGAAGACACAGCUCUUCUCCCUUUUCAUCCAAGAAGCUGAGAAGAGCAAGAAUCCUCCUGCAGGCUAUUUCCAACAAAAAAUACUUGAAUAUGAAGAACAGAAGAAACAGAAGAAAUCAAGGGAAAAGACUGUGAAAUAAGAGCGUGGUGAACAGGAAUGACUUGACUUACAAGCCAGUUCUGGACUUUGGCCCCUGCCAGAGUGGUGGGAUCAGCAAAGCUCAGCUCCCAGAACCCAUGGCCUUCUCCAGAGUCCUGGUGUCCAGGUCUUGCUUCAUACUGGUAUCUGAGUUUGGGAUCACAGGUGUGAGCUUCCUUGGGACUUUUUGGGGGCUCAGACCCCAAGCUCACAGAACUGGACUCAAAGCUGCCUUUUUUGCAGAGUGGGAAACUGUAGUACAAGUAUUGUAGGUGCUUGGCUACAAGUUACUGCAACUGAUGUCUCCUGGGAACCACCACUACAAAAUCCUCUGCAGAGCUGAAAGAAGUUGUGGCCCAAAGGCUCAGCUCCUCCACAUAAAAACAGAGGUCUAUGGACAUAUGAGGAUAAUAAAGGCGAGAAUCUCAUUGUUUA